AAAACUAAAAAGAGGAACACUAUCUGUUGGAAGAAUCCGUAGGCAACGGACAGUUAGAAUUCAUAGUACAACAACACUCUAUUUCAGUGAGAAAUAGAACACGUAAAUCUGUGUUGGUAGUCUGCCAAGGGAUAACACGGUUCAACUCGGCUUCUGCUGUGUGUGAAUUUCCAAAAUGAUGCUACCUCAAUCAACGACGCUUCUUACGCUGGUCUCUCGAAUCUUUUUUACAACCGCCAUUACAUUUGCAGUUGCCAUUGUAAUAGGGUUUGCAUUUCUGCGUUAUUGGCGAAAUAAAACUUACCGUUUCUUGAAAGAAUUUCCAGGAUGGUUUGAGCCUAUCCCACUUAUCCGACAUCUUUGCUUUCACUACAGCAUACUUAAUAGUUGUAAGGGGACCGGGAUACCGUACGGAGUGUAUCUGAACGACAUGCUCCAAGGCAUGACAUUUAUGUGGUUGCUGAAAAAUAAAGGUGCGGUAGUUUCGUAUGUCGCUGGUGAACCGCGUCUGCUCCUACUUCAGGCUGAUCAUGUUGAAAAAAUUCUCACUCAUCCAAGAAACCUCAGGAAAGGUUUCGGUUAUGACUUUAUGGCUCCAUGGCUUAGCGGAAGCAUUUUGCUAACAGCGGGCACGCGCUGGAAAGCUAAACGAAGGCUUUUGGUCCCUGCGUUUCAUUUUCAUGUUUUGGAUGAAUUCAGCUCCGUUAUCAAUAAAUAUGCCAGGGUGUUUGUGAAUCGCGUCUUGACAAAGGAUCGGGAAGACGACUUGGUACAAUUCAUAUCAGCCCUGACUCUCGAUAUCGUCUGCGGCGCGAUUAUGGGAGUCAGUAUACAUAGCCAGACGAGUCAGUCGGGCCAGAAAUAUUUACAGGGGAUUAGUAGGCUCAGCGAGCUAAUAAUCUUACGUAUGCAAAAUAUUCUACACUGGAGUGACUGGAUAUAUCAAUUUUCUGAAGCUGGCCAAGAAUUUUACUCGAUUCUCGACUCGGUUCAUGGCUUCACGGACCGGAUCAUAGACGAUCGCAAGGCGAAAUUGCUUUCUAAUCCAAAAUCACUGAGCACAACAGCAAGCUCAACUGCUAGUAAACCCAAAGCGUUUCUUGAUGUGAUGCUACAGCUGUAUCUGGCCGGAGAAAUGUCAGCGGAAGACAUUCGCUACGAAGCUGAUGCGCUCGUGUUUGCAGGGCAUGACACAACAUCCAUGGCGCUCACCUAUGCCAUCUACUUGAUUGGCUUACACCAUGAUGUACAACAGAAGCUGCAGCAAGAAGUGGAUGCACUAAUUGAAGGAAAAAACCUGGACAGAAAUGAUAUCAGUUCUGAAGAAGUGCGUUCAUUGAAAUAUAUGGACAUGGUGCUGAAGGAGUCGCAGAGGAUCUACCCUUCUGUUCCGUCUAUUGGGAGAGUCCUCGAUGACGAUAUGCAAAUUGACGGUAAAACAGUUCCACGUGGGACGAAUAUCAGCGUCGAUUUAUUUGGACUCCACCGCGACCCGACCGUCUUUCCAUGCCCCGAGGAGUUUAUACCCGAGCGCUUUGGGGCCGAUGCAGCAAGUCGAAAGCCAUUCACGUUUGUACCAUUUUCGGCCGGCCCGCGGAACUGCAUCGGCCAGCGCUUUGCACUUCUAGAGGAAAAGAUUACACUCUGCCAUCUUCUCGCCAGGUACGACUGGAUAUCUCUGGAUCCUCGAGAUAAGCUUCAGCUUGUUUCGAACAUUGUCCUGAGGCCAAGAAGCAAGAUUCGGGUCGUCUUCCGAGCAAGAAAAACAAGUUGUCUUGCCUGACAGCACGGGGAGUAACAAACACAGUUAAAUAACUGCGGUAACCUGAAGAUGUAGUAACUGGUCAAAGAAGUUUCUCGCGUAAUUUUAUCAUAAUGUUGAUAGACUCUGAUUACAGAUUUAUGUUAAUAUUUCUGCAGUGUACUGUAUCAAUUAUUGGCGUGUAUAUGCUUCGCUAAAUGCUUCCGAAUUUAGGUCUGCAGAAAACGUCUUCUAAAAGUCCUCUCCGUAUGUUAAAUUACUGUUGGUCACUAGCUAAUCCUGCAAUGAAGUGGGCUCUGUAAUAAAUUAACAUAAUUUUCAACUCAU